AUGAGGAUCACCACCACCACCGCACUGCCGCUCUUGGUAGUGCUCUGCCUCGUGCUGCCGUUGCUCCCCGGCGCCACGGCCAAGGCGGCGCGGCCGCGGCAGGGCGACUACCUGGCGCGCCUGCGCGGGUCGCCGCGCCAGUCGUCGUGGCCGGCCGAGUCGGCGUCGCUGGCGGUCGCGUCGGCGACGGACAGAGCGGCCCGGCACGCGGCGUCGCCGCCCAUGGGGCGCAAGGAGGACGACCGCGUGGACAAGCUGCCAGGCCAGCCGUCGGGCGUGGACUUCGAGCAGUACGCCGGGUACGUAACGGUGGACGCCGCGGCCGGGCGCGCGCUCUUCUACUACCUCGCCGAGGCCGUCGGCGGAGGGUCGGCGGCCAAGCCACUCCUCCUCUGGCUCAACGGAGGCCCCGGGUGCUCGUCGCUGGGGUACGGCGCCAUGGAGGAGCUGGGCCCGUUCCGGGUGAAGAGCAACGGCAAGACGCUGUACCGCAACCCGUACGCGUGGAACAACGCGGCGAACGUGCUGUUCCUGGAGAGCCCCGCCGGCGUGGGCUUCUCCUACUCCAACACGACGGCGGACUACGGCCGGUUCGGCGACAACAAGACGGCCGAGGACGCGCUCCAGUUCCUGCUCAACUGGAUGGACAAGUUCCCCGAGUACAAGGGCCGCGACUUCUACCUCGCCGGCGAGAGCUACGCCGGCCACUACGUCCCGCAGCUCGCCCACGCCAUCCUCCGCCACGCCGCCGCCGGCAAGCCGUCGUCGUCGCCCAUCAACCUCAAGGGCAUCAUGAUCGGGAACGCGGUGAUCAACGACUGGACGGACAGCAAGGGCAUGUACGACUUCUUCUGGACGCACGCGCUCAUCUCCGACGCGACGGCCGACGCCAUCGACAGGUACUGCAACUUCAGCGCCGCCGCCGCGAACUCCGACAAGUGCGACGAGGCGACGUCGGAGGCCGACGAGGCCCUGGAGGACAUCGACAUCUACAACAUCUACGCGCCCAACUGCCAGUCCGCCGACCUCGUCUCGCCGCCGAUCACCCCCUCGAUGGACAACUUUGAUCCGUGCUCGGAUUAUUACGUGAACGCCUACCUCAACGACCCGGACGUGCAGAAGGCACUCCACGCAAACGUCACCCGCCUCGACCACCCCUGGUCCGCCUGCAGUGAUGUCUUGAGACGCUGGACUGACAGCGCCACGACCGUGCUGCCUAUUCUCACGGAGCUCCUCAAGAACGAAGUCAGGGUCUGGGUGUACAGUGGAGAUACCGAUGGGAGAGUGCCGGUCACUUCCAGCAGAUACUCCGUGAACCAGCUCCAGCUCCCAGUUGCUGCAAAAUGGAGGGCAUGGUUCAGCAGCACUCAGGGCGCCGGAGAGGUGGGUGGCUACGUUGUGCAGUACAAGGGCAAGGAGAAGGGCAGCCUCAGCCUGGUCACCGUGAGAGGAGCUGGACACGAGGUGCCCAGCUACCAGCCAAAGCGAGCGCUCGUGCUUGUCCAGGGUUUCCUUGCAGGCAAAACGCUCCCUGACUGCAAAACAUGCGAGUCGGCUUAG